UCGAAGCUCUUUUUUCAGUUUUUUCAGUAACGAGUAUUCAAAAACCCAACCAGUUUACUUCUAAUUCUGAAAUAUAACAGUUAACAAAAAUGAAGAAAAUUACAUUUAUUGGUAAAGAAUUUAUUGUACUUAUAUUUUUCAUUUCAAAAGUUUAUGGUGAAUUUCAAAGUGAAAAUCUUCAUGUGAUUAACUAUGAAUCCGGAGAAAUGUGCAAGGCACAUAUGGGGUUAAAAGAUGAUAAAAUCUUAACAGAUCUUCAAGAUGGAAAGUACAAUGAAGAAAAUGCUGUUUUGACUGCUAAGUGCUUAGCAAAAUGUAUUUUAGAAUAUUUACAGAUUAUUGAAUUCGGUGAAUACAGCGCAAAAAGAAUAUUUAAUUUAUUUUUCUUCAAUGGAUAUCUAAGUGAUUACGAUGCAAAAGAUUUAGCUGAAAAAUGUGAAAUUGAAUUGAAUGAAGAUGAUGUAUCUUGUGAGAAACAAUUUCAAAUUUUUAUAUGUCUGCGAAGUAAUCAACACAUAUUGGGUCAUUGAUUUUGAAAUUUUUUAAAUCUUUUAUAUGGUAAAUU